AUGGUGGUGAAGAUAAUGAGAUGGAGGCCGUGGCCGCCUCUGAUUUCAAGGAAAUACGAGGUCAAGCUCGCCGUGAAGAGGGUCGAGUGCGGCGAUUGGGUGCCUGAGGGUGUGGAGAAGGAUGGCGGCUCCCUCGCGGUGGAGAUCAGGUGGAAGGGCCCCAAGAUUUCUCUUGGCUCGUUUAGGAGGACUGUGAAGAGGAACUGUACCAGAGAGGAGGCUGUGAAGAGUGUCGAGGACGGGCAAAACGGCGGCGUUUUGGCGGUGGAGUGGGAUGAGGAGUUUCUGAGCGUCUGCGGGCUCUCUGGCUACAAGGACAAUGUGUUCCAUCCAUGGGAGAUAAAUUUUACUGUUCUGCAGGGCCAGAAUCAAGGUCUAAAGAACAAGAUCUCUGUUGUUGGUACCUUAAACCUUGCUGAAUAUGCUUCCAAGAGUGGAGAUCAAGUCAUUGAAGUCGAGAUUCCACUGACAGUCGCUGUUUCAAUCGAGCGCCCUCCAAUGCUCUACAUAACCCUCAGCUUGCUUGAACUCAUACCCGCAACACAAGACCCGUCCGAGUCUGUUCAAACCUCAAUAGUGCCCCUCCCGUCCCCACCGGCGCCUGGAGAAACCUGUAAUUCUCCCGAGAAGGAUGAGGUAUCGGCCCUCAAGGCCAGCCUGCGAAAGGUCAAAAUAUUCACCGAGUAUGUCUCAGCCAGAAGAGCCAAAAAAGCCUGUCUCGACGAGUACAACAGCGAGGAAAGGCGCUUGUCCAAAAGCGACGAGGGUGAAUAUUCUUACCCGUUCGACUCGGACUCGCUCGACGAGUCUGAGGAAGGGGGAGAAUCUGACAUGGCAAAGGAGGUCUCGGCCGUAAGGAAGUCGUUCAGCUACGGGACUUUGGCUUUCGCGAACUAUGCAGGCGUGUCGUAUUAUUCUAAUACCAGGGUUACUAAUGAAGACGAGGAUUGGGUUUAUUACAGCAACAGGCGGAGAUCGGAUGUGGGGAGCUCGCGCGAAGAGGAUCUUGUCCCGGUUGUUACCGACCAGCCGCCACUUGUUCAGAGCUCAAAAAGGAGUUUGCUGCCUUGGAGAAAGAGGAAGCUGAGCUUUAGGUCGCCAAAGGCGAAAGGGGAGCCGCUGCUGAAGAAGGCGUAUGGGGAGGAAGGUGGGGACGACAUUGACUUUGACCGGAGGCAGCUGAGCUCGGAUGAGUCGGGCUCGUUCGGGUUGCAGAAAACGGAUGAGGAUCAAAGCACAAACUACCCAUCUGCCUCUGAGUUCGGGGAUGACUGUUUUGCCGUUGGUGCCUGGGAGCAGAAGGAGAUUACGAGCCGUGAUGGGCGCAUGAAGAUCCAAACCGAGGUCUUUUUCGCCUCCAUUGACCAAAGAAGCGAACGAGCUGCUGGGGAAAGCGCGUGCACUGCCCUCGUGGCAGUUAUAGCAGACUGGCUUCAGAACAACCCGAACCUCAUGCCUAUAAAGUCCCAGUUCGACACUUUAAUCCGGGAUGGCUCCUUAGAGUGGAGAAACCUUUGUGAAAUUGAAACCUACCGGGCCCGUUUUCCGGAUGGGCAUUUCGAUCUCGAGACUGUCCUCCAUGCCGAGAAAAUUCGCGAGCUUUGUGUCGUCCCGGAAAAAUCGUUCGUUGGCUUUUUCCAUCCGGAGGGGAUAGAGGAGGGCAGUUUCGACUUUUUGCAUGGGGCCAUGUCGUUUGACAAUAUUUGGGACGAGAUAAUGUCCCUGGAGGAGGGCGCGGAGUGUGGCCCAGUUUUCAUCGUGAGCUGGAAUGAUCACUUUUUUGUGCUCAAAAUCGAGAGCGACGCUUGCUAUAUAAUUGACACUUUGGGCGAGCGGCUGCACGAGGGCUGCUAUCAGGCAUACAUACUGAAGUUCGAUAGAGACACGAGCAUCCGCAGGCUGCCGCCAGGUGGCGACCAGCCAUUGGAGGAGAAAAAACCUGUUGUUCCAGAUUUAAACGAGCCCACUUUGGUCAAAGAGGAGCCCGAGCCAUUGAAGGAUGAAAAUGAGGAGCUCGUUUGCCGAGGUAAAGAGUGUUGCAAAGAGUACAUAAAGAGUUUCUUGGCAGCAAUCCCGAUUAGGGAGCUGCAGGCAGAUAUCAAGAAAGGGCUGAAAACGUCAACUCCGCUUUAUCAGCGCCUGCAGAUCGAGUUUCACUUCACGAGGUUGAGGGAAAGGGAAUGCGUGUCGUCCCCCGAGGUUGAGGAAAUGCCGAAAAUGCCCCUGGCGGUUGAUGUUGUUGCUGCCAUGGAAGCCGAAGUUUCCAUCUAA